AUGGGAGCAGCACCAUCUAGGAUAGUGGAUAAUUUGUUGGAUGAUACCAACUUCGAUCGUGCGGAGAUUGAAAGAUUGAAGAAACGGUUUAUGAAACUUGACAAAGAUAGCUCAGGUUCCAUCGACAAGACCGAAUUCAUGUCUAUACCUGGAGUAUCAGCGAACCCACUUGCGAAGAGAAUAAUAGAAGUUUUCGAUGAAGAUAAUAGCGGAGAUGUUGAUUUUCAAGAAUUCAUAACGAGUUUAUCCAUCUUCAGUGGAAGAGGGGAGACGGAUGCAAAACUACGUUUUGCAUUCAGGAUCUAUGACAUUGAUAAAGACGGUUACAUAUCCAAUGGUGAGUUAUUUAUCGUUUUGAAAAUAAUGGUAGGCACAAACUUAGAGGAUGAGCAACUACAGCAAAUUGUGGAUAGAACCAUAAUGGAAAAUGAUGUUGAUGGAGAUGGAAAAUUAUCAUUCGAAGAGUUUAAGAAGGCGGCCGAAACAACAGAAGUAAUCCAGUCAUUGACGCUACAGCACAACAUAUGA